CGUUAUAAUGGGAUUAUUCCCUCAAAUCAACAACUAUGUUCAUUUGCGACGUUGUUUGCACACAACAAUGGGAAGAUUGUCUUCAGUUCCUAUGAGCCAGCAUGAACCAAAGACCCGACUUCCUUAUGAAAAACUUGCUACUAAUUUGGAAAUUGUGAAGAAAAGACUUAAUCGACCUCUUACGCUUGCUGAGAAGAUUGUUUAUUCUCAUCUUGAUGACCCUAAAGGACAGAAGAUUGAACGUGGUGUAAGCUAUCUGAACCUAAGACCUGACCGUGUUGCUAUGCAGGAUGCGACAGCCCAGAUGGCUUUGCUUCAAUUUAUUUCUUCUGGGAUCCCUACAGUACAGGUUCCGUCGACCGUACAUUGUGACCAUUUAAUUCAAGCUCAAGUCGGAAGCGUAAAAGAUCUUUAUAGAGCAAAGGAAAUCAACAAAGAAGUCUUUGAUUUCUUGGCCAGUGCUUCUAAUAAAUAUGGUGUUGGAUUUUGGCAACCUGGUGCUGGAAUCAUUCAUCAAGUUGUGCUUGAACAUUAUGCUUUUCCUGGGUUAUUGCUCAUUGGAACAGAUUCUCAUACUCCGAAUGGAGGUGGCCUUGGUGGUGUCUGUAUUGGAGUUGGUGGUGCUGAUGCUGUUGAUGUAAUGGCAGGUCUUCCAUGGGAAUUGAAGUGUCCAAAUGUGAUUGGAGUGAAGCUAACUGGGAAGCUUUCAGGAUGGACAGCAAGCAAGGAUAUUAUUUUGAAAGUAGCCGAUAUUCUCACCGUGAAGGGAGGAACUGGAGCUAUUAUUGAAUAUUUUGGCCCUGGAACAGAAUCCCUAGCAUGUACCGGAAUGGGAACCAUAACGAACAUGGGAGCAGAGAUUGGCGCAACUACAUCAAUCUUUCCAUUUACUCAAUCUAUGGUAGACUAUCUUGUGGCUACUGGUCGUGGCAAUAUUGCCAAUGAAGCGAAAAAAUACGCUAAUUUGCUUAAACCCGAUCCAGGUUGCGAGUAUGACAAGGUAAUUGAAAUAAAUUUGGAUGAAUUGGUCCCUCAUGUCAACGGGCCUUUUACACCUGAUUUGGCCCAUCCAAUAGAUAAACUUGGUCAACACGCAAAAGAGAAUGAAUGGCCUUUGGACAUCAAGGUUGGACUGAUUGGUUCUUGCACAAACAGUUCAUAUGAAGAUAUGGCUAGGUCUGCUAACAUUGCAAGACAAGCAUAUAAGAAAGGGAUGAAGCUAAAACCAAUUUUUACUGUAACUCCUGGAAGUGAGCAAGUUCGUGCUACAAUUGAGCGUGACGGUUUUAUCAAAGAUUUUGAAAACAUUGGCGGUAUUGUUCUUGCAAAUGCUUGUGGACCUUGUAUUGGACAGUGGGAUAGAAAGGAUGUUAAGAUGGGAGAGAAGAACACAAUUGUUAGUUCUUAUAACCGAAACUUCACUGGACGCAACGAUGCAAAUCCUGCAACUCAUGCUUUCGUAACCUCGCCAGAAAUGACGCUUGCUUUGACUUUGGCGGGAACUUUAGACUUUGACCCGCGUCGUGACUAUUUGACAGCGCCAGACGGAACCAAAUUUAAGCUUGAAGAACCUAAAGGAGAAUGUCUUCCAGAGAAAGGAUUUGAUCCGGGCACCGACUUGUAUCAACAACCAAAAUUUUCUGGCGAUGUAGUGGUUGAUCCAAAAAGCAAUCGACUUCAGUUAUUGAGUCCAUUUGACGCGUGGGAUGGAAAAGAUCUGACUGAUAUGGUUAUUUUGAUUAAGGUCAAGGGAAAGUGUACAACCGAUCAUAUAAGCGCUGCUGGACCAUGGCUAAAAUAUCGUGGACAUUUAGAUAAUAUUUCAAACAACUUGUUCCUCACGGCAAAGAAUGCGGAGAAUGAUGAAUUGAACAAGGUUCGCAACCAAUUAACUGGCGAAUGGGGACCAGUUUGUCAAACUGCAAGAGACUACAAAGCAAAAGGCCAGGCAUGGGUUGCCUUCGGUGAUGACAACUACGGAGAGGGCUCUUCUCGUGAACAUGCCGCACUCGAACCUCGUCAUCUCGGUGGAAGGGCAAUUAUUGUAAAAAGCUUUGCUCGAAUUCAUGAGACGAAUUUAAAGAAGCAAGGGCUUUUGCCACUAACUUUUGUGAAUCCAGCCGAUUAUGACAAAGUUCGUCCGGACGACCGAGUUUCUCUUAUUGAGCUCAACACUCUUGCUCCAGGCAAAAAAGUCAAGUGUGUGCUUAAACACAAAGAUGGAAGCAAAGAUGUUAUUGAACUUCAACAUACUCUUAAUGAGGGUCAGAUAGAGUGGUUUAAGGCAGGUUCCGCGCUCAAUCGGAUGAAGCAAUUGAAAGCGAAUAUAUAA